UGAGCCCACAAUGUUAAUGGGAAUAACACAAUCAACUCGUGGCAAGUGAAUAUUUCCUCCUUUUCUCUACGGCUCUUCUUCUCCUCUCGCUUUCGCAGGAAGACCAUGUUUGAUCUCAGCCCUGCACUCCAUGUGGACCUUAUCAGUAUCACCAUUAAACCCAAAACUACUCAUUAUAAGAAAAGCAAGUUUCAGCUCAUUUAACCAGCAUUUAUGGUGCUCCCUCACCUGUUAUAUAUACCCAUGAAAGUUCCAUCCUCCUUGCCCGCCGAGGAAUAAUGAGGCAGAACAUGGGAGAGAUGGCGAGAGAUGGAAAAAUCCUCUCCAUCUUCUAUGCCUUGUGCCUUCUAUGCGUAUGCAGUUCAGCAAUUCCAGAAGAGUACAAGUUCAUGAAGGAGGCGAGCAGUGCGGCUGCAGAAGAAAGCUACGAUUAUAUCAUUGUGGGAGGAGGCACAGCGGGGUGCCCAUUGGCAGCAACAUUGUCCCACAAUUUCAGCGUACUUUUACUAGAGCGAGGAGGUUCUCCAUAUGGGAAUCUGAAUAUAUCAAGAAUUGAGAAUUUUCAGCACACAUUGGCUGAUAGUUCUCCUGGAUCACCUUCUCAGAUGUUUUUGUCUGAGGAUGGAGUUUUUAACUCUAGGGCGAGAGUUUUGGGUGGAGGGAGCUGUCUAAAUGCUGGGUUUUAUAGCCGAGCAAGUCCCCAGUAUGUUAAAAAGAUGGGGUGGGAUGGAGAGCUUGUGAAUCGAUCUUAUCCCUGGGUUGAAAAAAUUGUAGCCCAUGAACCUGCUCUUAAACCUUGGCAGGCUGCCGUUAGAGAUGCUCUGCUUGAAGUGGGUGUUAAGCCUUAUAAUGGCUUCACUUAUGAUCAUAUGCAUGGAACUAAGCUUGGUGGAACUAUUUUUGAUAAAAAAGGGAAGAGACAUACAGCUGCUGAUCUUCUCCGUUAUGCAAAUGGAAAUGGACUUACUGUUCUGCUCCAUGCCACUGUAAGCCGUGUCUUCUUUGGUAAAGGCAAAUCCAGUCGGUCAGCUCGGGGCGUGAUUUACAGAGACGCAAAAGGGCAAAAACAUGUGGCCUACUUAAAAAACAGAAUGAGCGAGGUCAUAAUAUCAGCAGGAGCACUAGGAAGUCCACAACUUUUAAUGCUCAGUGGAAUUGGACCCGCAGAUCAUCUGAAAUCGAUGGGAAUACCUGUGCUGGUGGAUAAUAAGGGCGUCGGAAAAGGCAUGGCAGACAACCCAAUGAAUGCAAUCUUUGUCCCAUCGACUCGCCCUGUGCACAAAUCUCUUUUACAGGUAGUCGGAAUAACCAAAAUGGGCAGUUACAUUGAAGGUUCCAGUGGAUUUUUAACCGCUGUAGUGCCCAUGCCCAAGCACUAUGGAGCCCUCAUGAACAAAGAUGCAGAGAUUUUAGAAGGGGGAUUCAUUAUGGAGAAGGUUAAGGGCCCUCUUUCCAGAGGCCUCCUGCGCCUGAAAAACACCAAUGUUGAAGACAAUCCUUCUGUGUCUUUCAAUUACUUUAGCCAUCCCCAAGACCUGGAAAGAUGUGUGAAGGGAAUUAAGAUCAUAGAAAAGAUGGUCCAGUCCAAGGCAUUCUCUGUGUUCAAUAAUGCAAAUGUAAGCUUGUCUGAGAUUCGUGCUAUGUCGGUGGAGCGUGCUCUGAAUGUGAUCCCUAAACAGUUUAAUGAUACUACUAGUCUUGAGCAGUUCUGCAAGGACACUGUGAAUACCAUCUGGCACUAUCAUGGCGGAUGCAGGGUUGGCAGUGUUGUUGAUGGGAGUUAUCGAGUUUUUGGUACCAAGGCCCUGCGUGUUAUCGAUGGCUCCACUUUUGUUUCCUCCCCGGGUACCAAUCCUCAGGCUACUGUUAUGAUGCUGGGCAGAUACAUGGGAGUCAUGAUAGCAAGAGAAAGAUUGGGAACAGGUGCAGGUGUGUAAUAACAACCAAUCAAUUGUUUCAGAAAAUAACAGAUGGCAGAGUAGAUGCCUCGUCAUUGUUCAUGGCCGCGAAUAAUAAUUCAGUACUAUUCCAGCUGACUUUGAAUAAUUUCAUUAAAUUUCCACAUCUGUACCAUUAGAGGGAGCACAUGAUAUGUGUAACAGUAGGUAUUGGAGGCAUAUUAAGGAGGAUAACUGAAUUUGGGUGUGUCAAAAACGGUCAUUAGUUUAGCUGAAACAGAGAUUCUAUGAGUUUUCAUUGGCGUCUCUACAGAUUGUAAAAUUGUGUUUUGUAUUAUAUGCUUCCUGUCAAAGCAGAAGCGUUAGCAGAACUGGCAGAAGUGCUGCAAACAAGCAUUAAGGUUUGUAUUAGAAUUGUCCUUGUGUUGUAAUUCUUUCUAUUCAGAACAGGAAAUGUCAGUAACAAUAAUACCUCUGUCAAAAGGAGGACUAUUUAUUGCCUCAA